GUUGCGUUAUCAGAGUAUAAGUCUGGUAGGUAUGUACCAACCUGCUCAUCAAAAGGCGACUUUAACAAAGUGCAAAUAAAAUCUGAAUACUCCUUCUGUGUGGGCUAUAAUGGACGAGAAGUACUAGGCUCCAGAACACCAAAGCCUUUCAAUCCAAGAUGUCAAGAAAAUGUCAACAUUGCCCCCCAAAUGAGGCCAGAUAGAUGUCCUAUUAUGAUCGCUAAUAGUCCACCAUGCAAUGCUGACCAGUGUCAAUCAAAUGGAGAUUGUAAAGGAGGAAAACGAUGUUGCUUCGAUGGAUGCAGUAAUCAAUGUGUUAGCGAUAUGAACGAACCUUCAGCUGAUGUCUGUAGAAAAGAAAUGGACCUGGCAUUGGUUAUCCAACCCUUCCCAAAUAUGGAGAGAUGUUCCUGGACUCGAGUACUGAMUUUCCUUAAAUCUCUGGCCGCCAAGUUCCAAGUAUCGGCCGAUAAAGUCAACAUUGGUAUCGUUUCCAAAGCAAAGAUUCUGAACKCUUUUAAUGCACAAGKUCCUAAGUAUCUCAACUCUGAAGAAAUACAACGAAUUCUGAAUAAUGUUUUCAAUAGCAAGGAAAAGGGCAGUUUGGAGCAGUCAUUGAAGACUGUUGAUGAAAARCUGUUUGGGCCCAAGCAAGGRAAGCGAGCCAACAGAGCUAAGGCACUACUACUUAUAUCUGAUGGACAAGAGCCUAUUGAAGUGAACCAGCGACAGCUAAAGCAAACAGUACAAAGCCUAAAAAACAAGGGUGUUCUUAUAUUUGCUUUCACAAUUGGUACCCAGUCCCCAAGCAAUCAGAUAUCCGCCAUUGUUUCAAGUCCAAGCAACUCGUUCCACGAAAAAUCACUGAUUAAUACUAAUGUUGCUGUACCAUCUUUAGCUAAAGCGCUGUGUACAGAUAAAAAAUGCUCAAAAGUGUUUGAUAUCGCCUUCUUACUGGACGCAUCAGACAGCAUCGGUCGAUCAAACUGGAAUAUAAAGAAACGCUUCAUCAAUAAGGUUCUUGACAACUUCAAGAUAAGUGAACGAGGCGUCCAUGUUGCGUUCAUUGUUUAUAGCAAUAACGCAGAAAUCCUCCUAAAAUUUGAUACCCUGAGCGGUAAUCAAAUCAAUUCCAAGAACGUGGAUAAGUAYGUUGAUAAGAUAAGUUGGACAAAAGGAUAUACUUUCAUAGACAAAGCACUUGAUUUGGCUGAUCGAAAGAUAUUCAACGAAGGGGAUGGGAUGAGAAAAGCUGCUCCAAAGAUUAUGUUAAUCUUAACCGACGGCAAGCAGACACGUGAUCGAGGCCCAUUCACCGAGCCCUCUCUAAUUGCUGAGAAGAUCAAACGUAAAGGAGUUCAAAUAUACUCUGUUGGUAUUGGUGACAGCAUUGACAAGGCUGAACUUAACAGCAUUGCUAGUGAUCCAUCCAAGGUCGUCUUGACUGAAUCUUAUGGGUCUUUGAGUAAUUUAGCUGAUAAUAUCAAGGAGCUUAUAUGCAAAGGGGCAGAUAUUCGGACAGGCAAAUGUCCAAGGCAAUGGAAAGCAAUCUUUGGACAGUCAUGUGAUGGUAGGCCUAAUACCUGCACCGCCGACAACCAAUGCCCGCCUCGCAUGAAAUGCUGUAAGAGUGGAUGCCACAGUCAAUGUGUACUAGCGAGUCAAGUGCGCAUGUCCAGAAAUCUGUCCACUUAAAAUCAGUUUUGUUUGUGGAAGUGAUGGCAUCACGUAUGAUAACGAGUGUCAAAUGAGACGAGCGGCCUGCAGAAAACCUGCGAUGAUAACAAUUCGAUGGCAGGGACAUUGCAAUCGCUGUUAUAAAUAUGACUGUUCACCAAAACCGUACUCGGCAUGUCAAGUAGUCAACGAAAAACCAGUCUGUGCAUGUCCAGUGAAGUGUUCAACAAAGAUUGAUCUGGUCUGUGGAUCUGACGGCGUCACGUACGACAAUGAAUGUAAGAUGAGACAAGCUGCUUGCAGGAAAGAAAAGAUGAUCACAGUUGCAAGAAAAGGACAUUGUGAUCGGUGCUGGAAAUACGACUGCACCCCAAAACCUUAUUCAACUUGUAAAGUUGAGAAUGACAAGGCUGUCUGCGCAUGCCCAGUGAAGUGUUCAAACAGGGUGGAUCUGGUCUGUGGAUCUGACGGCGUCACGUACGACAAUGAAUGUAAGAUGAGACAAGCUAGUUGCAGGAAAGGAAAGAUGAUCAMAGUUGCAAGAAAAGGACAUUGUGAUCGUUGCUGGAGAUAUGACUGCACACGGAAGCCUUAUUCAAAAUGCAAAGUCGAGAAUGACAAAGCUGUAUGCGCAUGCCCAGUUAACUGUCCCAAAACCGUGAACUUUGUCUGUGGAUCUAACAGUGUCACCUACAACAACGAGUGCUUAAUGAGACAAGCUUCUUGUAGAAGCGGCAAGAUGAUCACCGUUAGAAGAAGAGGACACUGUGACCGUUGUUAUGGUUUCGAUUGCAAGAGACGACCAUUUUCUACAUGUAAGGUCAGGAACGACAAAGCAUAUUGUGCUUGCUCGGUAAAAUGCCCAACAACGAAGGACCUGGUUUGUGGAUCUGAUGGUAUCACUUAUGACAAUGAAUGUAUUCUUCAACAAACGGCGUGCAGAUAUUAUAGGAACAUUAGAAUGCGUAGAAAAGGACAUUGUGAUCCUUGUCACGAUUUUAAGUGCAUACCACCAUACUCAUUUUGCAAAGCUGCCAAUGACAAACCGUUGUGCGCAUGCCCCGAUAACUGCCCUGCCAAGGUGGAUCCGGUAUGUGGAUCAGAGGGACAGACGUUCGAUAAUGAAUGCAAGAUGCAACAAUUUUCAUGCAGGACUGAAAAACUGAUAGUUACGCGACGAAAAGGAGAUUGUGAUCCUUGCAAAGGAUUUGACUGCAGUAGUAUCCCUUAUUCAAGCUGUGAAGCUAUCGAUGAUAAACCUACUUGCACUUGUCCUAAAACCUGUCCUAAAGUCGUCAAACCGGUUUGUGGAUCGAAUAAAAAGUCCUACGACAAUGAAUGCCUUAUGAUGCAAGCUUCUUGCAAUAGAAAAAUGUUAAUAACAGUUGCACACGAGGGUAAAUGUGAUCCAUGUGCUAAUGUUAAGUGCGAAAGAAGGAUACCUUACUCAGUKUGUAAGGUCAUUAAUGAGGAACCUGUAUGURUCUGUCAGCRWUGCGURUCCGACAUUAAGGAUCCAGUUUGCGCAAGCAAUAAGCAAACGUAUUCCAGURAGUGUAAGAUGCAAGAAGUCUCCUGCAAAAUUCGWCAGACUUUAUCAGUGGAAUCCAAAGGGAAAUGCCCUUGCGAUGCCAUUGUAGACUUAGGGUUCCUGGUAGACUCAUCUGGAAGCAUCGGUCGUAGAAACUGGCAACGAAUGAAGGACUUYRUAAARCUCAUUAUCAGAAAAUUYAAAGUUGGACCGGAAAAGACACACGUAUCGAUUGUAGAAUACAGUACUAACCCAGCAGUUGCWUUCAAGUUUAAUUCGCUAAGAGGGAAYCAAAUCACAAUUGAAAAUUACGAUAUACURGUUGAYAAAAUGGUAUGGCAACGUGGUUUUACGUAUAUCGAUAAAGCAUUGAUUCUUGCUGCAAGGGAGGUAUAUACUGUAGCAUCAGGAAUGAGAGACGAUGUUGAAAAGGUACUGAUUGUGUUUACCGACGGCGAGCAAACUAAACGCGGUGAAUGGACGCCAUUAGUUGAAGCAUCGUCGUAUGUUAAGAACAAAAAUGUCAGAGUGUACGCCAUGGGAAUCGGUAAACGCGUCUCGAGAAGCGAAUUGAACGAGAUUUCAUCUCAUCCUGUAAGAAACGUCUUUGCUGCCCCAUCUUUCAGGAGUCUGGUACCAAAAGUCCAGGAAAUCAUUGAUAGGGUUUGCUACCCAGAUCCUUGUGACACMGUUGUUUGUUCCAAGCCUCAUUCCGUGUGCAAUGUGAUUGACGAGGUGCCUAUWUGCCAGUGYCCUCUCAACUGUUCAACUACMAARACUCCCGUCUGUGGUUCAGAUGAUGUCACAUACGAUAAUGAAUGUUCACUAAAAAAAUCAUCAUGCGAGAAGGGAGAGUUUAUUAAACUUAUUGAUCGAAAACCUUGCAAAUGUAAAAUCAAAGUAGAUUUGGCCUUUGUGGUCGAYUCAUCUGGAAGCAUUGGWAGGARAAACUGGGKUCGCAUGAAACAAUUUCUAUCUGACAUCGUCCAACUCUUCCAUGUGGGACCAGAYRGRACCCACGUUGCCAUGGUAAUGUAUAGUACGUCACCURAGGUGGUAUUCAAGUUUAACACCUUAAAAGGAUCGAGGUUAACAGCAGAAGAAUACGGAAAACUCAUUAUGCGUAUGCGCUGGAUGCGAGGGUUUACUUUCAUCGAUAAAGGAAUACAAUUAGCUAAUAGGGAGGUGUUCACAACAGCUGCUGGUAUGAGAGGAAAAGAUGUUCCUAAGGUGUUAUUAGUAAUUACUGAUGGUCACCAGACAAAGGACCAACCAGGCAAGCCUUACACGCCAUUGAGUAUCGCGUCAAAGCCAGUAAAAGACAAGGGAUUUGCAGUUUAUUCCUUGGGUAUUGGGAAGAAAUUCGACAAGACGGAGUUGCAAGAUAUCUCAAGCAAUCCACUUAGGAAUGUAUACACUUCUACCUCGUUCAAGGGUUUGAAAGAAAAAACACAGAGCAUUGGGCAGUCGUUCUGUCCUGAGGCUGUUGACCGAUGCGAGGGUGUUAAGUGUACCAGACCGUAUGCACACUGUACUGUAGAAAAUGACAAGCCUGUAUGUAAAUGCGUGAAAUGCUACAACGAUGCUGUAAGACCAGUGUGCGGCUCAGAUGAAAAUACCUACGAUAAUGAAUGCCAGUUGAAAAAAUUGUGAUACGACGAUGGAUAUCGUGUUCAUAGUCGAUUCUUCAGGAAGUAUCGGAAGGCGAAACUGGGAAACCAAGAAAAAAUUCUUAGUGUCGAUGACAGAUGACUUCAAUAUCGGCCCAGCCGGUACUCACGUUGCUGUGGUAACGUACAGUACUGAUGCAGUCGUUGAAUUCGACUUUAAUAAGCUUAAAGGAGCGGAUAUCAGUAAGGAUAAUUAUCACAAACUAAUAAAAGCCAUGAAGUGGACUCGUGGAUUCACCUUUAUUGACAAGGGACUCAUGCUUGCUGCUGAAAAAAUUUUCGAUACAAAAUAUGGAAUGAGGCCACCAAGUAUACCUAAGGUUGCCUUGGUAAUAACAGAUGGAAAGCAAACAAAAGAUCGAGCUUCCUACACCCCUCUCUCGGAAGCAUCUGCUCUUCUUAAAAACAAAGGCGUCCAUGUUUAUUCCUUCGGUGUGGGAAAGAAUGUUAAUAAGGAUGAAUUAAAUAAAAUUGCUAGCCAUCCAAAGAAUGAUGUCUUCCAGGCAAAAUCGUUUGAUGAUUUAGGACAACAUCUGCAAAAGAUCAUAGACAACGUCUGUAGAAAAGAUCCCAAAUCACAAUUUCAYCACAGAUGAAAAUUCAUGGCUUAGCAUAUAUCAAUAGCUAUUUCACAGCAUAUACUACAAAGAGCUCCUAGCUUGGCUGAACUUGAAACGCUUAUCGUAUAGGACUUGAAUCAGUUUUCCAUAUAUGGACGUUCUUGUCUAAAUAAGGAAUUCCGAUGUAUUUUCGCGUGUUUUGAGGGCGUGAGCAAGACAAUUCUUGCAUCAAUAUGAUAUGACGUGAAUAUUUUAUAUAUAUAUGUCGUUUUAAGUUCUAUAUGUUUUCAAGGACUGGUUACAGAGAAAAUGUAUUCCUAUAUGAGCUCAAUUUUCUGGAAUCUGGAAAAUAUAAGUAAGUAGUAUUUUCAUUUUCCUUUUUAAAGCCCUUAUCAUCGAUAAGUAACAAAAAGACUUUAGUUAGUGAGUGUAAAAAGUACAUUUUACUGCAGUUUACCGCUUGCGAAUCGUAUUUAUAGAGAAUGAAAUAGAAAUCGUUAUGCAUUUUAAUCAAAAUCUAAAUACUUUAUAUAUAUUUUUUUUUAAAUUACAGAAUAAUAUCGAUGA